AUGAGUCCGCAGAGCCACCUCCUCCUGGUGGCCCUCCUGGUUUUGGGGAGCCAGUUGCCUGCUGCCUUGGGCAGGAGGAAUGGAGAGAGACGGGGGGGAUGUCCACCUGACGAUGAGCCCUGCGUCCUGUCGGUGCCUGACCAGUGCCUGGGGGACAGCCAGUGCCCCUCAAUGAUGAAGUGCUGCUACAAAAACUGCUUCCGCCAGUGUGUCCGCAUGGUCGCAGUAAAGCAGGGCGCCUGCCCCGAGGACCGACUGCAGUGCCUCAGCCCCAUUCAGCACCUGUGCCGCCGCGACUCCGACUGCCGGGGCCUCAGCCGGUGUUGCCUGGGCGCCUGCGGCCGGGACUGCCGGAGCCCCGUCAGAGGGUCCGUGGCUCUGAACCUCCGGAUGGCAUUCCCAGGGGGAAGAGAUGAUGAGGGGGCCUGGGACCUGCCGCCCAGGCAGCAGCAUCUCUGCCAGCAGCAGUUCCAACCUUCCGCUUCACUGGGCGAGCGUAUCCCUCCCUGGUCCCAUGAUUAG